GAUCUAGAGAAAAGGCACAGCAUUUCGGCUUGCACCGCCAUACUGUAUUUUGAGCCAUAUCACAUUUUUAUUGCAACAUUUUACUCCCGCUCGGUGAGUACAUUUCCAAUGGCUUUUUUGUAAGCAUUUUUUGUCUUUUUAAUUGCCCCCCUUUUUUUAUUUUUCCUCCUUUUGCUGGUGUUUGAAUUGAGCAUUGACAUGGUGGUUUUGAGCGUUUUUCACAUCCAGGCUUCAAGUUUUUAGCAUGCAGUUAUUCUGAUCGAGAGUGCCAAGAGGGGUAAACGGGUGCGUUAUCGGUCUUGAGAAAGCCUUUACUUGCUUGCAGUUUUGUUUCGCGGGUCGAAACCCAAGCAGGUUUUGUCAGUAUUGAGAUUUUUUAAACAUUUAUUGGUGGUUUUGAAACAUUUUUAUUUUUUUUGUUUCUGUCGACUUUUGCUGUUGCUAUGCUUUGGUUUGCAUUUUGCAGUGUUGUUUGUUGCCUUCGAGUUUUGUGAUUUUGAUGUCUCGGUGGAUCUCACCGAUCGAACCCCUUGAUUUUACUUUGUUCCUCUUUUCUUUAUAAAAGGAGUCCUUUUUAAAGCCCGAUGACGUUUUAACGUGAUACUUUUCUUGCAGCUGAGCUCACAGGUUUGUUGUUUUUGUGUUUUUUCGAUUUCAUUAUACUUUUGCUGGUGGCAGUGUCAAGUAUUUUUGGAUGUUAUCAUUUUUUUGACUAGAUGAUGCUGGGUGGACGAGGGGAGUUUUGAUUCUUGGGGGAGUUCAAUGCGUUUUUGUUUUCUGUUUCAACGAGGAUGAACAGACAUUUUCCCUUUUGCAGGAGGGCAACUGGAGGAGAAUGACUGGUAAAACCCAGACGAGCAACGUGACCAACAAGAAUGACCCACGCUCCCUCAACUCCAGAGUCUUUAUUGGCAACCUCAACACAGCCAUUGUCAAGAAGACGGACAUAGAGGUCAUCUUCGCCAAGUACGGCAAGAUAGUGGGUUGUUCUGUACACAAGGGUUACGCCUUCGUACAGUACAUGAAUGAGAGGAACGCUCGGGCAGCUGUGGCAGGAGAAAACGCUCGCAUCAUCGCUGGACAGCCUCUUGACAUAAACAUGGCAGGUGAGCCCAAGCCAUACAGGCCUAAAGCAGGCUCCAAACGACCACUCUCAGCCGUUUACAGUGGUUAUGAAUUUGAUUAUGAGUACUACAGGGAUGAUUUCUACAGCAGGCUUUUUGACUACCAUGGCAGAGUGGCCCCCCCACCCAGAGCCGUGAUCCCCCUCAAACGCUCCAGGGUGCUUGCUCCCUCCUCCCGCCGUGGGAAGACCUCCUUCCCCAUCAAAACAUCUUCCUCUUCCUCCUCUUCAUCCUCCAGACCUCCCACGUCAUCCUCCUCCGGGCUCAAACCAGUGAAGACGGACCAGCUUCAGACUAUUAAACGGGAGCUGACUCAGAUCAAGAUGAAGAUCGACUCUUUGCUGGGGCGCCUCGAGAAGAUUGAGAAGCAGCAGAGAGCCGAGUCCGAGGCUCAGAGAAAGUAUGAGGACAACUGCGAUUCCCUGCAUGAGGAGUCCGUUUCAGAGACGGCAGAAAACUCUGGGGAGGAGGCUGGCGAGGGGGCACUGGACGUGGAGGCGGGAGAGAUGACCGAUGGAGGUGAGGACGACUACGACGAGGAGGGCAGCCACCAUCUGAUAGAGAACCAUGUAUCGGAUAUUGACAACUGAGAUCAGGGUGACGAAGCAGACACCUCUGCUCAGUGGUAUUGGAAUUCAUCAUCACCUUCAAGAGAGAGAAGAAGAUCUCUGAGGGAUCAAGACACCCAUUCUGGACUGUAAGUUGUGUUCAAGAGAUGCCGAAUCACAUUUAGAUGCCCAACUGUGCAGCACAAACCGAAUGUGAUUUUCUCUCUAAAGAAAAUGUAUUCAAGAUCCAUUUUAAUGCAUUGGCCUGAGUUGACCUCAUGGAUAUUCUGUACAACUAAUAUUUCAUUGCAAGAAGCUGAAAGUAUCAUGCGAUAAUCCUGUUUCUAGAAAAAUAAAAAAAGAGGUGAAGGAAAUAAA